CCCGGGCGACCUCGACAAGCCACUUUACAACGGUAAUUUUUCCUCCAAAAUACAGCGCAUUUAACGACUGCGUUGAAUCAGCCAGUAGGCUGCUCAGCGAGGCCAACUUUAGCAAAGGAUUGUGUUUUUAGGCAUAAAAGAAAUAAGCAGCCAGUUCGAUUCGCACUCGCAAGGCAGCAGCGCGCAGUCACAAAAUAACGAUGUAUAAUUCGAUAGGUUCAGUAAUUAGUUAUCAAUACCCUUAAAAGUGAACUGAAUGAAUAGCAAAGUAUUUUUAGCCACAAUAUGCGGGACUGUGUGGGGGGCAGGUUGAGCCAGCAGAGGGCGCUGUUGAACAGUGGCGCUUUGCGAAUGAACGCUGGCCGAUUGGGGAUGUGUUCAUCACACUAUGGUGAUUAAAAGAUACCGUAAACAUGCACUAAGGCUCAAUUCAAUCCAGGAAUACAUUCUAUGCGCUAUCCACAGGGGUUUGCAAAAGAACGAGAAAACUAUUUUGAACUUGAAUGCCAAUAUGUACGUACAAAUGUACAUAUUGAACAUAUUGUUCAGUGGGUGUGUCACCUGCAGGUGUUCAAAUUGGAACUAAUCAAAUGUAUAUUAAAACUGUAAAUGUUGGAACCUGAGCUAACUACCUUAGCAUAAGCAACCAAGAGGAGUGGCAGUGUGACACAUAUAGAUGAGAUUAUUUAAUUAGAAAUAUUAUUAUUACUAAUCCUAAUGGGAAAGGCUGCAGUGUUAUAAAGCAUUAUGUAUCAUGUCGGUGUGGAUUCAUGAGAUAUACUAGAACAUAUACACAACCGGACAGAGGCCUGUGCAGGGAUGCAUGGCUGCACACGCAUGCAUUGUGGCCGCAGAUGAGUCAACCGUCCAGCCAAUAGAUUCACCGUAAGCUGCUGCAACUUUGCAUACAGAGCAUCUGCCCAACUGCCAUUACAUUUUACCCGAUUAUGACGCAACAGCAGCGCUCGAUUACAUAUGAACCAGACCAUUCACCCACAUGACAUGGAAUUUCUUCACCCACAGAGGUGUGCGACGGGACAUGUCGCCCACACAAUUGUGGCAUUAUUUACUGCGGUUGUCUGACGAUGCAUUUGUUAUGCACCAGCUUCCUCUCCUUCUCCCUGCUGGCGGCGUCCACCCUGGUGAGUGCUAGUGUGUUGGACAGCUUCAAAGACUGCAGCCAUUUCUUCUACAUGCACACACCCCCUGCAGGGAUGAGGGGGUCCGACCUGAGGAUGGUCUGCCAGAAGUACGCAGACAAACUGCGCUACGCCACGUUGUAUGACAGCAGUCGCCGCCUCCCCCUCUACUCAGCUUACAUCUUUCAGAAGUCUGACGGGACGAGGAGGGUGGACACACCGUGGAUGUACGAGCCACAGUUGGUUUCAAACGAUGAGAGUGGAAGCAUGAGAGCACUUCCCCUCACCGAAGACACCCCCCCUCUGAUUGAGGACAGCCAGGCCGUGUUGGAGGACUACACAGACGCCGUAGAAUACAAACGCGCCCCGCUGAACCCUGACCAGCACCAAUCAGAGCCCGAUGACAAAUCCUCCACAUAUACUCUGACAAACGUCGUCCCCUUAAUCACACACUUCCUGGACACUUCCUGGAAUCCAUACUUGAACAUCAUCCGCCGGCGCCUCAACAACUUCUGCCACGGGAAAUCUUUCAUGGUGACGGGGGUCACCGUUUCUGGGGGGAGCCUCCAACGAGAUAACAGGGACCGCCUGGCGAUCCCAAAACACAUAUGGCUGGCUUACUGCUGCCCGCUGUUCGACCACAACUCUCCUUACGAGGUGAGGUUCAUGUUCCCUAGUUACGGGGGCUACGCACUCAACGGACGGACUGACCACAGUGUGGUGGAAGUCCCUCUGAAGACUCUGGAGAGCUUCCUGAAGAGCCAGUCACACGGAGACAGUGACCUGAGUAUUUUCUACCGGGGUUGUGUGUCAGAAAACACCUUCAGGAAGAAGAGAGAGCUGACCGGUGCGAACAGGACUGACUCAGAUAAACUGUAAGAGAGGCGGGGUUGAAGGUGCAGAAUUCUUUAUCUGUUGGCUUUAGAUUCAGAUCGUCUUAGUGCUUAUGGACCAGGGUGCAGUUGACUAACUAGCAUCAAUAAAGCACAUUGUCUGUAAAUGGCCAUUACAAAGUGCACACUAUACCACACCGUCAUUAGGUAGAUUUCAAAGAAAAAGAAAAAUUAAAAAUGAAAGACUCAAGUGUCAAGAAUUGACUGUUAAAUAUUAACCAAUCACCAGAUACUCUACAUCUUGCAUUUUCAAUCAUGCAGCUCCAACACACGUUCCACCACACGUUGAAUAUCUAUAACACAAGUGAGGUGAGUUAGUAGCGUGUUGGAAAAGGGUUGCUAAACAAGCGCAAGAGCCAAAACAUACAUGUUAUAAAUCAUAUGGUGGUUUGAACACAAGUACCUCUGACAUUCUGUACGUCUUGUCGGGAUCUCCGAUCCCCCCGAGUUGGUUGAUGAGAAGGGUCGCAACACCUUGAUCAAUUAAAG